AUGGAGCGCUUUGAGGACAUGAUUAGAGAAUUCAUCAAAAGCAACGAAAGGGCAAAGUGGAGACCAGUGAACAAUCCUGGUAUAAAUAACUUCACAGAAGAUGAGAUUAAAAUGAUUACGAAGAACUACAAAAAUCCCAUAGGCAAAGGUGCCUUUGGAGAAGUUUACCGAGGCGUUCUUGAUGAUGGUAGUACAGUUGCAGUCAAGAAAUAUAUCUGCCAGAAUUUGAAAGACGGGUUUGCUAAGGAGAUAUCUGUUCAUUGCCGAAUCAGCCACAAGAAUGUUGUUAGGCUCUUGGGCUACUGUUUAGAAGAAAAUGUUUUAAUGAUUGUCACCGAGUAUAUCCCUGGAGGAAACCUCAAAGGUCUUCUCCAUGGCAGCGAUGAUCACAUUUCUUUGGAUGCAAGGUUGGGUAUUGCUAUAGACUGUGCUGAGGCAUUAGCAUGCAUGCAUUCAUUGCAUCAAUCAAUCAUUCAUGGUGAUAUCAAGCCUGACAACAUACUUCUAGAUGAGAACUUGGGUGCAAAAUUAUCCGACUUUGGAAUAUCAAGGUUGCUUUGCAAGGACGGAACUGCUUACACCAUGCACGUUGCAGGAAGCAGAGGUUACAUGGAUCCAGAGCUCUUUGAAACUGGACGGGUCGAUCCUAGAAAAUGA